AUCACAAUAAAUAAAAUUAUUAUUUUAAAUUAAGUAGCAUCUAUAAGUGUGGUUAGAAUGAAAAAAAAAUGAAUAAUAGAUCAAGUUCACAUCAGUUAGUUCAAUUUAAUAACUGGAAUGAUGAUAAUAUCUAGUAGUGUUGAUAGGGUGUAAAAGUUGCAAUCCCACCAUUUAACGUUUGAAUUGGUAAGGUAUUUACAAGUGCACCAAUCACAAUUCGUUGUCCUUGGCGCGUUCUACACUCGGCCACUGUAACGAUGACCAGCCUUUGCAAUGCUACAAUCAUAGUUGACGCACUUGUGAGUAUGUAUUGAGAGACAUUUGGAGAUAUUUGAGACUUUUUAUGUAUUGUUAAGUAUAAAGGAUUGUCCAUGUGAAUGUACAUUCAAUUAUUGUGCUGUACGUGAACAACAUGUUGUGUGUAUUUACUGCUGGACACUGAAAUGUCUUAUCCUCAUCAUCAUAAAAGAGACACUGUCAUUUGUAAGUGUGUGUAACAAAUUAAUUUGUUGGAUAGGUUACUUGAGGCCAUACAGUAGUCGUCAGAGUGCUCGUGGUGUUGGCACACGUUCAUCAUUUGCCACUGUAUCUUAAUUUCUUGGUACAAAUUGCGAUAUAAAAAUUUGAAACUCAAAAGAGAAAUUGACUGAGCAGCUAAACUAUUAUAUAUUACUGGAAGUUAACAAUUAUAACAAUUGAAAAAAACAAUAAAACACAAAAAUGGAAAAUUCGACAAUGGAUCUAUUUUGUGGUUCUCAAUUUUGGGAUACUAAUUUAACAUGGUAUACAGAAGAUCCAGAUCUUACAUUGUGUUUUCAAAAAACAGUAUUGGUUUGGACACCGUGUGUAUUUCUUUGGGCCUUUUCAUUUUUAGAGGCUUAUUAUUUGAUAAGUAGUAAAAAAAGAGAUGUACCAUAUACAUGGAAGUUUUUUGCAAAAGGUUUCAUAACUGUAAUACUUAUUUUACUCAGUGUUGUUGACUUAGGAAUGGCGAUUUAUCAAAGCUAUUCGAAUAUAGUCUAUAAUGUUGAUUAUUAUACACCGAUUAUCAAGAUCGUCACAUUUAGUUUAGCGGCAUUUUUACUGUACUAUAAUAAAAAAUUUGGAAUGAGAACUUCCGGAUUGUUGUUUUUAUUUUGGUUUUUGUUAGCAUUCUGCGGCAUUGUACAAUUUAGAAGUAUGCUCAGGGACUACCAAAAUCAGCCUGAGCGGCCUUACUCUUUUGUAUCAUACAUGAUAUACUAUCCACUGGUUGUAAUAAUGUUUAUACUUAAUUUCUUGGUGGAUGCGGAGCCUAAGUUUUCAGAAUAUGGACACGUUGAAUUUCCAUGUCCAGAGCAAAGUGCAUCUUAUCCUUCAAGAAUAUUAUUUGCUUGGUUCGAUUCAAUGGCAUGGAAAGGAUUCAAAAAACCUCUGGAAACUUCUGAUUUAUGGUCAAUGAAUCCUGAAGAUACUGCUGCUGAAAUAGUUCCUAAAUUCAAUAAAUACUGGACAAGGAAUAUAAAAAAAUUUGACAAGCUGUUUUGCAAUUACUGUAGCACACAAAGUACAAAGGCAUCAUUUAGAAAGGCAUCUGGUCAGGUUGAUUUUAAUAAUCCAAAAAAAAAGAAAGUAGCUUCUGUGUUCAUUCCUCUAUACAGAGCCUUUGGAGGUACAUUUAUUUUUGGUGGUAUAUUGAAGUUAACUCAAGAUAUAAUGGUCUUUAUUAGUCCACAAGUUUUAGGACUACUUAUAAAUUUUGUAAAAGGUUCAGAACCUCUAUGGAAAGGUUAUCUGUAUGCAAUUCUUCUCUUAAUUACAGCAACGUUUCAAACUUUAGUGUUAUCACAAUACUUCAAUCGAAUGUUUAUCGUUGGCAUGCGAAUGCGAACGGCUCUUGUUGCUUCUAUUUAUCGUAAAGCAUUGAGGAUGUCCAAUGCGGCAAGAAAGGAAUCAACGGUGGGUGAAAUAGUUAAUUUAAUGUCAGUGGACGCCCAACGAUUCAUGGAUUUAAUGCCAUACAUUAAUAUGAUUUGGUCAGCUCCUCUGCAAAUUUUACUGGCUCUUUACUUCCUGUGGAAGCAAUUGGGACCUUCAGUAUUUGCCGGUCUAGCUGUAAUGAUAAUACUUAUUCCAGUGAAUGCAGUUAUUGCCAAUAAAGUAAAAACUUUACAAAUAAGACAGAUGAAAUGUAAAGACGAGAGAGUUAAAUUGAUGAACGAAGUUCUGAAUGGAAUUAAAGUACUUAAACUUUAUGCCUGGGAACCUUCUUUUGAGCAACAAAUAUUAAAAAUCAGAAACAAAGAAAUCAAAGUACUUAAAGAAGCAGCUUAUUUGAAUGCUGGUACGAGUUUUAUCUGGUCAUGUGCACCAUUUCUGGUAUCAUUCGUUUCUUUUGCAACAUAUGUACUUAUUGAUGAAGAAAAUAUUCUAGACAGUAGCAAAGCUUUUGUUUCACUAAGUUUAUUCAAUAUUUUAAGAUUCCCAUUGUCAAUGUUGCCAAUGGUAAUAAGCAAUAUGGUACAAGCAUUAGUGUCUGUUAAAAGAAUCAAUGUCUUUAUGAAUAACGAAGAAUUGGAUCCAAAUAAUGUACAACACGAUCAAUCAGAACUACAUCCAUUGAUAAUUGAAAAUGGAACAUUUCUUUGGGAUUCUGAAGGCUCUGAUAAACCGACUUUAAAAAAUAUCAAUGUUCAAGUGCAGCAUGGACAACUAGUGGCUAUUGUGGGAACAGUUGGAUCAGGAAAGAGUUCAUUGAUAUCAGCUUUUCUUGGAGAAAUGGAGCGAAUAAGUGGAAGAGUAAAUACAAAAGGAUCAAUUGCUUAUGUUGCUCAGCAAGCAUGGAUCCAGAAUGCUACAUUACAGGAUAAUAUUUUAUUUGGAAAACCGAUGGAUAAAAGUUUAUAUAAUCGUGUUAUUGAGGCUUGUGCUUUAGGUUUAGAUAUCAAAAUGUUACCAGCUGGGGAUCAAACGGAAAUUGGUGAAAAAGGAAUCAAUUUAUCAGGAGGACAGAAACAAAGGGUGGCUUUAGCUCGUGCAGUUUAUAGUGAUUGUGAUGUAUAUUUACUUGAUGAUCCAUUAAGUGCAGUUGAUUCUCAUGUGGGGAAACAUAUUUUUGAAAAUGUCGUUGGUCCAAGUGGGUUACUUAAAAAAAAGACACGAGUUUUAGUUACACACGGUAUCACAUAUUUACCUGAAGCUGAUAAUAUUAUUGUUUUAAAAGAUGGUGAAAUUUCAGAAAAUGGAACAUAUAAACAAUUAUUAGAAAAACGAGGUGCUUUUGCAGAUUUUCUUAUUCAACAUCUUCAAGAAGUUAGAUCUGAAGAUGAUGAAGAAACAGACUUAACAGAAAUUAAACAACAAUUAGAGUCCACAAUUGGUUCUGAAGAAUUACAACAAAAAUUAACGAGAGCAAGAUCGAGACAAUCAAUAACUCACAGUGAAUCUGGUUCUGUGGCUGAUCAAAAAUCUAUCAAUGGUUCUUUACAUAGGCAACAAUCAGUAGAUAGCCAAAAAUCUGGUAAUUUAGUUAGAAGUGGCAGUGUUAAGGAUAAUGCAAUACCUCUUAAAACUGGUGAAAAAAUCAUUGAAGUUGAAAAAGCAGAAACAGGAAGUGUAAAAUUGAAAGUCUAUGCUCACUAUUUGAAGUCAAUUGGUUGGUUUUUAUCAAUAUCUACAAUAAUUAUGAAUGCAAUUUUUCAAUCAUUUAGCAUUGGAUCAAAUAUUUGGAUUAGUAAAUGGUCAGAUGAUGCUGAUUGGAGUGUAAAUAGUACAGCUGAUAGUCCUAAAAAAUCUAUGUAUAUUGGUGUAUAUGGUGCUUUAGGUAUAGGACAAGCAAUAUUUGUGCUUAUUGCACAGCUGACAUCAGCUAUUGGCUGUCUGCAGUGCAGCAUAGUGCUGCAUUCAGCUUUAUUAUUUGGUAUACUUCGUUCACCUGUUGGAUUCUUUGAUACUACACCUUCAGGCAGAGUAUUAAAUCGUUUUGGCAAGGAUGUUGACGCAAUCGACAAUGUAAUACCAGCCACUAUUAGAGGAUGGCUAUAUUGCCUAACAGAAGUAAUUGCAACUCUUGUAGUAAUAAGUUACAGUACGCCAAUAUUUAUAGCAGUGAUAUUACCAAUUGGAAUUAUAUAUUAUUUCAUACAACGUUUUUACGUUGCUACUUCUCGUCAAUUAAAACGAUUAGAAUCAGUAUCUCGAUCACCAAUAUAUUCUCAUUUCGGUGAAUCAAUCACUGGAGCCCAAACUAUCAGGGCAUUUGGUGUUCAAGAAAGGUUCAUUCAUGAAUCAGAACGUAAAGUGGAUUUCAAUCAAAUGUGUUACUUCCCAGGAAUCAUAAGCAAUAGAUGGUUAGCAGUGAGGCUAGAGAUGGUAGGAAACAUGAUAAUAUUUUUCGCUGCACUAUUCUCAGUUCUUGGACGUGAUACUCUAAGUGCUGGUCUAGUUGGUUUAUCAGUCAGCUAUGCACUUCAAAUAACGCAGACAUUAAAUUGGUUGGUGAGAAUGACUUCUGAUGUGGAAACGAAUAUUGUAGCAGUUGAGAGGAUAAAGGAGUAUGGAGAAACUCCUCAAGAAGCACCAUGGGAAAUACCAAGCACUGCACCGCCUAAAGAAUGGCCUUCUGAGGGUCGUGUUGAAUUUAAUGAAUUUAAAGUUCGAUACCGAGAAGGUCUGGAUUUAGUAUUGAAUGGACUCACGUUUUCCGUGAAUGGAGGAGAAAAAAUAGGCAUUGUUGGUCGAACUGGAGCUGGAAAAUCUUCCUUAACAUUGGCACUUUUUAGAAUAAUAGAAGCUGCUGAUGGAAAAAUAUUUAUUGAUGGUGUAGACAUAUCUCAACUUGGGCUUCAUGCCUUACGUAACAGGCUCACAAUUAUUCCUCAGGAUCCAGUACUUUUCUCUGGUACUUUAAGAUUAAAUUUAGAUCCUUUUGAUUCACAUACAGAUGAAGAGAUUUGGCAAGCAUUAGAGCAUGCCCAUCUUAAAGCUUUUGUUCAAAGUUUACCUAAUGGAUUGUCUUAUGGAGUAUCUGAGGGUGGAGAUAAUUUAAGUGUUGGUCAAAGACAAUUAAUUUGUUUAGCUCGGGCGUUACUUAGAAAAACUAAGAUACUUAUUUUAGACGAAGCUACAGCGGCAGUAGAUCUUGAAACUGAUGAUCUUAUUCAACGUACGAUACGUGAAGAAUUUAAAGAUUGCACAGUACUUACAAUUGCUCAUAGACUCAAUACAAUUCUUGAUUCGGACAGGGUCUUAGUAUUAGAUAAAGGAGUAGUAACAGAAUUUGAUUCGCCUGAAGUUUUGUUACAAAAACCAACCAGCGCUUUUUAUAGUAUGGCAAAGGACGCUGGAAUUGUUGCAUGAAUUUCUAUGAAAUUAAUUAACUGAAAAAUUUGUUUUUUCUUAAAACCGUAUUGUUGCUUCAUUAUCAUUAACGCACAUUGCAUUUCUUUGUGACAAUCCGUUUAAAGCACAUUAUGUGCAGAAAGUAUUAAAACAAAUGAAAAUACUCGGCCCGACACUUAUAUUUUAACAGUAAUAAGAAAAAUGAACAAAAUUGUGAUUAAAAUCUUGGAAAAAGCUUUAUCACAUUUAUCUUUUUAUAACAAACAUUAAAUUAUCUUUUGGUAAAUAUCAAUUUUUCUUUUGAAAGCUUUUUCAUUAGACAAGUCUUGAGUCACAAUUUGAAAAUAAUAAUUUACUAUUUUAUCUGAUUACAUAAACUACUGCCAUUGUAGAAACCUAUUUAUCUUUUCCUGUUUAUUCAAAUUGUUAUUUUUUUAUGUUGAUAAUUCCGAAAACAAUGUUUAAUAUGUAAUUAUUUACUUAAUGUGUGCACUUAAAUUUUUUUCCUUUUUAAGAAUUUUCUUUUAUUGCCGAUUAUUUGUGUGUUAAAAUUUUAUAUUUAUUUUCAUUUUAUAUUUAUUAGAACUAACUUGUUCAAAAAUUUCUAUUAUAAAUUGUCUCAUGAAAUAGGAUUAAUGCUAAUUUUGUUACAUUUUAAAAUAUCGUACGAGAUUAAAAAUGCACGUUAUGCCUUUUAUCAAGUGAUAAAAUUUUAAGUACAAUUUAGUCGUAAUUGAAAUUUUAACUACUUAAUAAAAAAAAUUAAUAACUAAUGAAUUAUAAUAGAAUUCGUAACAACAAAUUUUAAUCUUAAUUCAUCUUAAUGUUCUUUUUUUUUUUUUAAUACUUUAAUGAGCUUACAAAUGUAUCAAACACAUUAUUUUACACUAACAUUGUAAUGCGAUAAUUCAAUCUCCAACGCAUUAGUUAAAUAAUACGUGACUAGAGUUAAAGUAUCAAACUUUUUAUGUAACUUAUAUUAUUGUACUUACCUAAUAGUGGCAAAGUACUCAUUAAUUAAUUAAUUAAUUAAUUAAUUAAGAUAUACAAUUCUAUAUAAGCUAAUAUUUUUCGGUAAUAAAAGAAUAAAAUAAUGAAAAUUUAGUGGUGGUAAAUUGAAAAAAACCCAUAUACCAGUGUGGAAGCUCAUAAAGAUCCGAAUAUUUUAUUAUCAUUAUUAUUAAUUUUAAAUAUUUGACAGAGCUGCUUAGAACAAUUAC